AUGGGGUUAAUUGAGAUCAGAAUCAAAGAACGACAUCUGUUCAUGGAGUUCACACCCGUCUUCAUCUCCCUACGUGACCGCAGGAUCCCCAACAACAGAGCACAAGUCUUCUCGGAGAUGGACACAGAUCGCAUGGUCUUCGUGCUUCGCUCCCUGUGGUCGAUCAACGUGAAUCAUACGCAGCCAAGCAGAUGGGAACGAAGCAAGUUUCUAGAACUUAACCAGGUGUUCGACGAAAUGACGGUGGGAGGGGAGGUCGUUGGUUGUGGGAGCUACAGGGAGGGCGUUGUUGGACUGACAACCGUUCAAGUGGGCGGCAACAGCGGGAACACCGGCCAAAUGGAAGACCGAUGUACCAUUGCUUCGUACGACGAAGGGGAAGGUUGGCGUGUAACGACUCCUCCGUUAGUCUCUGUCCGUCGACUUGACUCGAGAGGAUUUAUACGGGUGCAGCAGCACGCAGUGGAUCAGAGCAUCCGUGCGUUUCUUGGUCUCAUGGACGCCGAUCCGAGUGAGUAUGCCAACUACUGGGAGAUCAAGUGUCUCCUAGACGCGGAGGAGCUCUGCAGCUUGGGAUUUGAUGAAACCUUGUCCGGGUACUGCAACUCCAGCUCGCCGGACAUGGCCGCUCAUUCGGCGCUACCGAAUACCAUCAUCAUGGAGCGGGAACGGAGGAAAAAGCUCAACAGAAAGCUGUACAAUCUCCGGAGUGUAGUCCCCAACAUGACAAAGAUGAGCAAGGCGUCGAUAAUCUUCGACGCGAUCAACUACAUACAACAGCUCCAAGAGCAAGAGAAAUCACUGCUGAAAGAGAUAUCGGAGCAGGAGCCUCACAGGAAGAGAGUUGCACCGGUCGAUGGACAGCUUUGCCGUGCACAAGCGAAGAAGUGGAGAACGGCGCCACGGAGCUCGUGCAGUGCCGAACUUGAGUUGCCGAUGAUGCCGUCCGUGGAAGCGAUGGAAGUCAGCGUGCGUGAGUUGGGCAAUGGGAUCUCUGUCAUCAUCAUCACUUGCAGCAAGAAGAGGCAUGCCAUGGUUCGCGUGUGUGAGGUCGUCGAGUCUCUCGAUCUCAGGAUCAUCGCUGCCAGUGUCGCGUCUAGAUCCGGAAUGAUCUUCCACACUCUAAUGGUCGAGGUUGAUGGAGGGCAGAGUGCUCAUCUGAAGGAAAAGAUCGAAGCCACCUUCGAGCAUUUGAUGCCUCAAGAAGCCACUGCAUCAUUUCGUGAAGCCGAUCCAAAUAUUACAAGACCGAGAACUCCAUUGUUCUACGCAUAGGAUGACAGAUCCAAGAGUUUGAGCAUGUAUGAUCAGCUGCUAUGUUUCUGUGAAUCCAAGUGUAUCGGAUCAUUGCUGAGCUAGCUAGAGAUCCUGCAAUGUAAAAGACAAGGAUGUUAAGAGGUUGUCGAAUAGGUCUCAACAUUGCAGUGCACCAAACAAUAAAAUGAAUGAUGUAGAAGCACUUGUAUUAGGAGUCUCUAGUUUUAGGAGAUGAAAUAAAGAAUGCAUUAACGUAA